AUAAAAAAAAAAACCUCACUGGUUUGGAAAUUGAAUGAGAUACAGGUGUGAGAGGUGGAAAAACCAGUUUGAGAUAGGUGUGUGUUUUUGUAUUUUCUUAGCUUGUGUAGCAGGAAGACUUUGUUAGGGAUGAAUCCUUGAUAUGAGACACCAACUUGUAAAGUGAUUUAUGUAAACAUGGGGGCCUAUCUCCACGCAAACUAUGAGGAAAAGCUACAACCAAGCUUUGAUAAAGACCUUGUGGCCCAGGCUCCAGCAUUUGUGGGUGCAGCGCUGAUGAGAAUUGAUGACAUGGAGCUGAAAGAAGAAUGGCAGGAUGAAGAGUUUCCUAGGCCUCUUCCAGAGGAGACCACAGAGGAGAAUUGUGAUUCCAAAGAAGACCAUGAACCAGAGUGUCCACCCAAUACUCUGGAACUGUGUGGCAAUCGGCAUAUGAAAAGGCGGCUGUCUGCUCCCUCACUCAGCUUUAAUUUGGAGAACAGUGAGGGCUCCAUGAGGUCCAGCGACAUAUUUGAUCAAAGCACAGAUGAUAUUGACUUUGAUAUUGACGAUUUGGAAACGCCAAACAGCAGCGAAAUGCUGGACUUCACCGAAAACAGCCAUGAAUUUGAGUGGGAAGAUGACCUGCCAAAGGCUAUGGGAACAGAGGAGAAAACAUAUAAUGAAAGCCUUAUUACUGACCUGGAAGACAAGACAGGCCGAAAAUGGCGAAUAUUUCUGAUUGGAGAACACAAAGUAGACAUGACUGCUAUUGAGCCGUAUCAACAAGUGAUCUCUCAUGGAGGUUACUAUGGUGAUGGUUUAAACGCAAUCAUUGUGUUUGCCUCUUGCUAUUUACCGGAUAGCAGUAUUCCAGAUUACCAGUAUGUCAUGGACAAUCUAUUCAGAUAUAUUAUAGGAACACUGGAUCUUAUGAUUGCAGAAGACUACAUGUUGAUUUAUCUAAAUGGUGAAACCCCUCGCAGCAAAAUUCCUCCUAUUGGUUGGAUCAAGCGUUGUUAUCAAGCAACCGGUAGAAGGUUGAAGAAAAAUCUGAAAUCUGUUUUGAUUGUCCAUCCCACGUGGUAUGUGAGAGCUCUGCUCGCCAUCAUUCGACCAUUUAUCAGCUCCAAGUUUGCACGAAAAGUGAAAUUUGUCCACAGCUUGAACGAUCUCUCCCAGAUUGUAUCACUAGAUGAUGUCCAUAUACCAGAUUGCAUUAAAAAGUCAGAUCAUGAUAUGAACCGAUGAGCCUGUAAAGAGAAGAUAUUUGUUUAUAUGUGUAUAUAUAGAACGACAUACUGUAAUAUAGUUUUCUGCACAUGAGCAAGACAGUUUACAUAUUUAUCUACUAAAAAAUUAUACUUCUAACCUAAAGAGCAGAUGAGCCAACCUAAGUUUGUCAAAGCCAGACUUUAAAUAAAUGAAUGGUUAACCAGAUUAUUUAGUGUGGGAUAACUUAACUUUUUUUUUAAUGUAGUUGGCCAUUCCUACGGUUUGUAAAUAAAGGUGGAUCGUAUGGGUGCCACCCACCAGGAAGAGGUAAUACAAUGUCCCUGCUCGCAAAAAGACGUCAAUUCAUGCACAAUGUGCUCACAUACACAAAUCCGCACAAUUCACAAGCUUUGUUUUUGUGUGAUAUUGCCUGGGUGAUAAACUGGCAAGAUUGUUACAUUUUAUGAAAAUUGAAUGGUUGUCUUUGUCAGAAUCUGCAUCUUGGGGUAUAUCGGGUUGGCAAAUUGAUUAUACCAUCAGAUUUAUCAUUUUUCACAUACUAGCAGUGCUUUUAUUCCUUUGCAGGGUCAUUUUCAC